GUGGUGGUUCUCCGUCAGUGUCUGGCCCUUCUCUUUUUCACGCGUACGGAGGAUUUCGCGCUUUCCUCUCACCCCCCCAGUCCCUCUGUGUUGUUCGGGAAAGCCACUUUGAGAAAGGGCAGCCGCCCAGCCUGGCGGGAAAGACUAAAGAUUACAUUGUAGGAAAAGAAAAAUAGGAGCCAUGUUUCGAAGACCUGUAUUACAGGUGUUUCAUCAGUUCGUAAGACAUGAGUCUGAAAUAGCGAGCAAUUUGGUUCUCGAAAGAUCUCUGAAUCGUGUACAGCUACUUGGGAGAGUGGGUCAGGACCCUGUCAUGAGACAGAUAGAAGGGAAAAACCCAGUCACAAUAUUUUCUCUAGCAACAAAUGAGAUGUGGAAAUCCGGAGAAAAUGAAGCAUACCAAAUGGGUGAUGUCAGUCAAAAGACAACGUGGCACAGAAUUUCAGUAUUCCGACCAGGCCUCAGAGAUGUGGCAUAUCAGUAUGUGAAAAAGGGGUCUCGAAUUUACGUGGAAGGGAAAGUGGACUAUGGUGAAUACACGGACAAAAAUAACGUGAGGCGACAAGCGACAACAAUCAUAGCUGUUCCCAAGAGGAGGGCACAUACCUCACCGUGCAGGACCACACGGGGAAGCAGCAGUAGCCAUCUUGGACCAUGAGAUGAUCUUCAGGAUGAAGACAGAGGAAGCUGGGAUCUGUGAUGACCAUGGAACCACCAUACCAGUCCUGGGCAGUCUACCUCUGGAUUUCUUUGGGAAGCACAAUAAAUCUCUACCUUGUUUAAGCCA